AUGGCCACCUUAACCUUCCCCCUCAACGACGGAACCAGCAUUCCUGCGCUUGCCUUCGGGACAGGUACCGCGCUCUACAACAAGGAUGCACGGGACGCCGUUACGACCGCUAUCACAUCUGGGUUCGUACACCUGGAUGGCGCCCAAAUGUAUGGCAACGAGGACUCCCUGGGAGACGCUAUAGUAGCGUCUGGAAAACCUCGCGAGUCGCUGUACAUCACCACCAAACUGACGGAGCUGAAAAACGGGGCGACCGUAAAGAGCGCCCUGCAAGAGUCCCUCAGGAAGCUGAAGGUCGACUAUGUGAACUUGUUCUUGAUCCACAUGCCCACGCACCAUGAGGGUCGACUGAAGGAAGUGUGGAAGCAGAUGGAGGAGGUCAAGAAGGAAGGACUUGCCAAGUCCAUUGGCGUGUCCAACUUCCGUAUCAAGGACUUUGAGGAGUUCCUUCCCGAGGCCACCAUCAAGCCAGCGGUUAAUCAGAUUGAAUUCCACCCAUACCUUUUGAAAGCUUCCGAGCAACUCCUGGAGUAUACCACCAAACUUGGUAUUCGUACCGAGUCCUACGGGGGAUUGACGCCCAUUGUCCGUGCGCGGGGUGGUCCUUUGGAUCCAGUCCUGGCCAAGAUUCGUGAGAGGCUCGAAAAAACUGCAGGAAAACCCGUCUCCGAGGGACAGGUUCUCUCCAAGUGGCUCCUGCAGAAGGAAAUUGUGGUGGUAACCACGUCAUCCAAGCCAGAGCGCGUCAAGGAAUACCUCGACGUGCCUAACCUACCUGACUUGUCUCCCGAAGAGGUCGCGGAGAUUGAGUCCACUGGCAAGAAACAGCACACGAGAGCUUUCUGCCAGUUCUUGGACAAGUAG